AUGUCGCAGCUCGAUGACACGGGUGUUGAGGGCGAGGAUCUUGGAGAUCUCCAGGACUUCGUCGAUGGAGUGACCGAUGGAGAGGCAACUGGAGGCGAGCAGGAAGAAGAAGAGGAGUCGGAACCCGUGGACCCAUGGGCCGACUACUAUCGUGAAGAUGAAGAGCUCGUGCCGGAGCCCGCCCGUGGGGGUUCUCUUGCCAGAGGACGACAAGGACUUCGCGCAGGCCAAGCUGAGGGCUCUCCGUCUACGCGUUCGACUUCUUCUGCUAAGGCCAAGCCGGCUGCUGGUGGUCACGACAAGGACAAAGCGCAGCGGCGCCCAAGAGGCAAUCUGCCUCCUGCGCCUUCUUUCGACGGCGACCGUCGGAAGGAUCCGAAGUGCUUCCGCAAGUAUGCGUCCAAGGUGGACUCCUACGUGGAGAUAGCCAAGAAUAUCAUCGAUGAUGCAGAGAUAGGUCUUCGGCUACAUGCGGCUUUGGACGGCGAGGCGUCGGACUACUUAGAGGACAUCCCCGCCAGGACCUUCGGCGUGGAGAAUGGAUGGCAAGUGCUGCUCAAGCUCCUCAAGGACAAGUUCGACGAGAAGCGGAUGCACAAGGUCGGGUCAGCCAUGAAAGGGUUCUUUAAGCUCGGCCAGACCCUCAACGACAAGGCGUACACACUCGUGGAAGUGAUCGACCUUAUGGAUAAGGCGGCGAGGCGGUGCAAGGAAGCGAACCUCACCAUCCCUGACGAGGUCAUGGUCUACUUCCUCUUCGAGCACACGGCCAUGUCGACUGAGAGGCAGGCGAACCUUUUGCUGCGCACCGGUGGAGAAUACCACUGGAAGAAGAUGAAGCAGGCCGUGGAGCUCCUCUACCAAGGCGUGGUGGUACGUGGAAACCGAGACGGCCGAGAUGGACGUGAGGCGCCCGGUCGUCGGCAAAGAGCUGCACAUGAGGCACAUGUUGACUACGGGGACCUUAAGACUCCAGCAACAACAGCGACCGACGAGCAGAUCCAGACCUGGAUUGCCGACUACGACCCGGUCGAAGCUCUCGCUGAGGCGGACGUGGAAGAGCUGCCCGAGGAGGUCGCUCGUGAACUCCAUGAGUGCUUUAGCACUCACCGAGAGAACCGUCAGAGACUGUCGAAAGCGGUUCAAGCCAGAGGGUUCUACGUCAAUGCCGGUGGCAAGGGCAAGGGCAAAGGGUUCAAGGGUGACGCCGGGAAGGCCAAAGGCAAGGGCGGCACCAAGGGCAAGAAGGGUUCUGGGAAGGCUCGGGGCAUGACCCUUGAAGAGUUGAAAGCCAAAACCACUUGUGGAGAUUGCGGCCUUAAGGGUCAUUGGCGAGGCGAUCCCGAGUGCAAGAUGAAGCAUGCACAUGAGGCCACGCGUACCGAGGCCGAAGAUGCGGAGAAUGAGGACUGGUACGGCGAGUACACCGAGGACCAGUGGCACAGCUGGGAGGCGAACCGCUACGGCUACGCGACCACCCGACUGGCGCACACUACUUCGUCCUCGACCUCUACGAAACGACCGCCGACUUCCUCCUCAACCCAGGCUUCCGGGGACUUUGUGCAGGCCGAGGCUUCCCACAUUGCCCGCGGCGUCAACCGAGUGAUGCAAAAGGCGGCGGGUGGCUCUGCGACACGAGGCGACGUGACCUCUGAGCAGGUGAAGGACAAGCUCCAGUCGGACAGCUACCAGGCCGCCGAGAAGCUGAAGGAGCAGAUCGCAGCGGCCAACAAGCCGCGGAUGGCCCAGAGUCCGACUUUGGACAGCUCGGUGCUCCAGGAUGACUCGACCCCGGCGGUCGACGUGGACGCCCUGCGGCGACCCCAGGCGGCAGCUAGCCAGUCCGGGCCGGAGGCGUCUGGAAGGAUCUACAUGACAAGACGCCAAACCCGGCAUGUGGACUUCGAUCCGGAGACGCCGGUGCCCAGGAUGGUCAAGAGCAAUAUGCGCCGAAAGGCCACCGUUGAGGAUGACCGCUGUUACCUCACCCUGGACACGGCAUGUGAGAAUACGGUGGCCGGGACCACCAUCCUGCAGAAGAUCGCGGUGCACCUCGGGAAGCAUUGCAACCUGCAGGCCUUGGUCCACCCCGAGAACGAGGCUUACUGUUUCGGCCCGGGCGCUCCUAUGCCCUCUGUGGAGCGGUGGUCUGUGCCUAUCGGGGUGCUGGGGCAACCUUCUGUGAUCUGCACGUCCUCGGUGCAGGAUCACGACUGCCCCAAGAUCCCGUUCCUCGCAGGCCAGGAUUGGAUGGUCUUCAUGAAUGCAUGCGUCGAUGUUGGGCGGCACGUGGCUGUGCUGCGGGAGUUAGGCGUUCAGACGCCUUUAUUCAUCGACCACACUGGGCACCUAGUGAUCGCCAUCGAUGAGAUGCCCGAGAACGGCUGGCCCACGGGGUUUGUUGCGAGGAAGAAUGGCUAUCCGGGAGUGCUUUUCGAUAAGUGUGCUCGUGACGUUCAUGCCGCAACCCAGCCGUCGGAGAAAAAACCAGAAGUCGCUGUCGAGUUUGCUGACCUGAACUUUGCAACCACGCACUACUAUGAGCCCAAUCCUAGAGAGCGUUUGCCUUGCACUGUUCCGAACGACUACUGGCAGUACAUGGUCGAUAAAGGGGUGUAUGUGAGACAUCAUGUCAGGCCCCGGUGCGACUUCUUCGUGCCCAACGACACCAAGGACGGCCCGGACACAAAGGACCUGCAGCCCAUGAGAGUGACCGUCAUGUCAUGCUCCGAAGAACCUGUAUGUGACGAUUGGGUAGCUAACGGUUCUGCUCGUGACUGUGAUCCUUGGGUUGGGGCUACUUACUUCUUUGGCAAAGGCGCAACCAUCGGCCAUACCAACUUCCCUCCGGCUGCGGAUCACGUGGCUAUCAAGCUGCACGACGGAACUCAGCUCGAGGCCCGCGCCGGUGAAGUGAGGGAUGCUGCUGUUAAGAAAGUACAUCAUUUUGAUUUGUCUUCGAAGCAGUGCUUGGAUGUACCUUCUUCGAAGCGCAAGGGUCAAUUUGUGAUACCUGUGGGUGAGUUUGGCUGUGCAAAGCAGCAGGUGACCGAAGCAUGGGGCCGACUGGCCGAAAUGCUGAUGGACGUGAUGGACCUGGCCGAGCGCUACACCCGGGUCCACGAGGUGACGCGCUGGGCCAAACAUCGACGACCAGCGCUGAUGGCCUAUGCCGAGGCGAUCAUUGCGCAGGAGACCCUGGUGGAUACUAUGCCGGCGACGGCACCACCAGCGACGACGAAACCACCCGGCCAGAUCCCAAAGCUGGCGAAGAUGCCGUACCCCAAGAAGCCCGACAAAUGCCUGCAUCCGCCGGACUUGGCACGACGACUGGGGAACCAACAUGGUCGGUUCCAGGAGUGUUUGCAGUGCGGCACGGUGUGGAAGGGCGUGGUGUACAAGGUGCCGAUCAGCCACGAGGAGGUGCACGUCUACCCUCACCUCCAUGGGAUCAGGGACCGGCCGGGCGGGAAAAUCGUAGCACCCAAAGGAACGUCCGCCGCGCAGGGCAAGGAAUCCUUCACGAAGCUCUCCGGCUGCUACUCGUCCUCGCCGGCAUCCACGGCCUCAACUUCGAAGGCGGCGACGUCGGCACGGUCGGAGGCGGCCAACAAGAAGGGACGGGCUUCGGUGAGCCCGACGCCCGCGAGAUCUUCGGGAUCCUCGGAGGCAGUGGAUCUGAAGGCUUUGAGCCCCGAGGAGCGCGAGAGGAUCAAAACGGAGGCCGCCAGGCGACUCGAAGCCAAGCGUCGCCAAAAGGCCAAAGAGGCUCGGGAAGCACGGGAAGCCGAGGACGCGAUCAUGGACGAGGAGCGCCUGGAACGCACCGAGGCGCAGAAGCACAUGGCGAAGACCGCGGUGAACCAGGUGAAGCUCGAGUUCGCGGACGAGGCCGAGGCGACGGACGACAGCGCGGUGCUGGUGAGCCAGAGCAGGCGGAUGCUAAGUGGAGCUAAGCAAGCUCUGGAGGCAUCGAGAUUGCACCAUUCCGUUGUGGAAACCAGGUUGGAUGGCUGCGCCUGGCCCCGGCACAAGUUCGAAUACGACAUUGUCGAAGUCCUGGGUGGCGACGGCUAUGUAUCGGUGCGAGCGGCAGGCCACUGGAGCCUACGAGCGCUUCAGCCCAUGGAUCUUCGAUCGGGGUUGGACCUGAGGAAACCGUGGUUCCCAAGCUGGUUGCGCGAGACACUUGGGAAAUGGCCGGCUCGACUCGUCGUCUUCGAGAUCCCGUGGCCCUCCUUCCAGCAGCUCGACCUCUACGGCAACGGCGGCGACCCGUACCACGGCUUCAAGGAGCAGUAUCUGAAUCUCGUGAACGACGUGAUCAAGGACCAACGUCAGCGCGGGGGCCACGUGGUGGCCGAAGUCCAUGGUACAGCCGGAGUCGCCGAGUACAUCACCCACGGAAUAUUUGUGAAACAAGGCUUCGCGGCUAAGCCCUUGGAGGUCCGGUUUGCGGCGACGCACCCGGAGCUCGUGAACAACCUGGCCGGCUAUUGCGGCGCAGAUCCGGGGGAUGAUCGCAUCAGCGCGUACCCGCCUGACCUGGGCGACGCGUUGUGCAGGAGCUACCUGGACAUGACCGCGGCGGAGGACUUUGCGUCGAGAGCCACGUGGGAAGCCACGGGGCAGCGAGCCGUGCACUUCGUGGACGUCCAGCGCACCGAGAGCGAUUGGCGAGAGGUGCUGGAGCACGUGAAGGAGAUGCUGGGCCGAAAGACACAAGCGAGCAUGCACGUGCACCCGGAGACCGAACUCUACCGCAAGAUCGAGGCUUUGGUGCCGUGGCAAAUCUCGUUUGUGCAAGUGGCUCAUCUGCCGAAGGCGAAGCGAGUGCGGCCCGGAUUGGAGGAAUGCCAUCGAGCCUCCAUCCUACUUCUGAACGACGACUCCAUCACCAUCGAGACCGAGUUCCUCCGUGAUGCCCAGGCCCCGCGGGAAAGAUUCGUGGCACCCGUGAGGUACGGCAUUUUCGUUUUGGGCCACGCCCCGGGCGAACCGCAACAACCGGCGGCGGCACAACCUCCUCCACUACAACCUGCCGAGGAUGGCGAAGCCGUGAAGGACGAGGCGCAGGACGCGUUGCUGCAGGAAGGUCUGGUGCGUCAAGACUUCGCAGGCGAGUGCUGGAUCAUCGGUGGCCCGUUGAAACCAAAGGAAAAGGUCAUCGCCAAGGCGCUCGUCAGGAUGCAUCGCAACCUCGGUCACCCGAGGAACGAGGACCUGGUGAGAGCCCUGAACCAGGAUCCCAAAGUCUCUGCUGAGGCGGUGGCUUUGGCUCGUAGACUUAGGUGUGCUACCUGCGAGCGCACCCGACGUCCUCUGCCACCAAGGCCUACCUCGCUGCGCCUCGCUGGGCCUUUCAACUCGAAAGUCAUGCUGGACUUUGUGUACUUACAGGACGCGAAGGGCGACGGCUUCAACUUCCUGCACGUGCUGGAGCCGAACGGGAACUUCAACCUUUUCCAGCCGGUGCAGAGCCGACAGCCACAGCACGUGUUCGAGAAAUUCUGCGAUAUGUGGACCUCGUGGGCCGGAUUCCCCGACCUCAUCUUCGCCGACCGCGACGGGGCCUUCGAAGGCGAGUUUAAGGAGAAGGUCCGGAACACCGGGACGGAGAUCGACCACAACGCCGGCGAGGCCCACUGGCAGACAGGUGCAGUUGAAGCGUACAACCGCGCUUUCAGGUACGUCGCGGCGCGCAUCAUUGACGAGCACCAGCUGGAGGGCGAGAUCGACAUGAAGAUGUUGGGCGCGCAGGUCUCGGCGUCGCUCAACGACAAGGUCAGGACUUGCGGUUGCAGCCCGAACGAGUGGCUUUUCGGGCGGAGCCCAAAGAAGCCUGUGGACCUCCUCAGUCCAGACGGACGACUGGAGGCGCUGCAGGGCUUGGACCUCGAUCAGGAGCUUCGCCGACGGCACCAAGUACGUGCUCAAGCCGACGGCCGCAUAUCCGAGUUCAUGGUGAACGACGCCCUACGCAAAGCGGUGCUCCGACUGGAUUCGUACGAGCCGGGCGAGCUGGUGGCUUUCUGGCGGGAGGCGAAAACCCGCCGAGACCCCAAGUCCAAGAAGGUGCGCCGUCUUCCAGCAGCUUGGUUCAGAGGCACCGUGAUAGGACCACACAAAGGCGACCACUCGCAGUCCAACUACUGGAUCGCAUCGGCGGGGCGGUGCAUACUGGCGGCCAAAGAGCAGAUGCGGCCCGCUUACGGCACCGAACUUUGGAGGAUUCAAGACGAUGUGCUCCAAGGCCUCAUUGACGACCCGCCGGAGGACUACAUCGAUGAGCGAGGCGGUCCUCCCGGUGAAGGCGCAGCUCGCGACCCUGGGGAAGUCAUCCCGUUCUACGAGAAUAACGAGCAGGAGGUCGACGAGCCGGCGCCGGACGAUGGGGGCGGUGUAGGUCAUGUUCCUCAUACACCGAUUCAGAACUACCGGUACCGCCUGCCGAAGGGGAACCACGAGACCUACUACCCGACUUCCGCACCUUCUUCGGUUGGCACCGACGUGACGCAGCCCUCGCCGACUUCGCCGGCACGGAGCCUCAACGCGGCCCCGGAUGGCGGUCUACAUCCCGAGGCACCGGAAGCUAAGCGCGCCCGGCUGGAGGAGCUCGCGGAGGAGAGUGUAGAGGAGCACGAAGUACACGAGGAGUACUACGCGAACCCGCCGGACGGCUUCCUCAACACGGCGAUGGGCCACCGGAGCGCAGAGGCCACCCGCAAGGAGCAGAAGGCCUUGGUGAAGGAGAUCCCGUACCACAUGAUCCCGGAGGACCAGAAGGAGACCUACGCCGAGGCGCUCGUCAAGGGACACUUGGAAAAAGCCUACCCCAGGGAACGAUUCCUGGACACGAGAGUGUGCUACAGGGACAAGAACGCUGGCUACCCUUGGCUGCCGCUGAAAGCGAAAGCAAGGCUAGUGUGUCGUGGCGACCGAGACCCAGAUCUGUUGGAGCUGCGAAGAGAUGCGCCGACGUUAACGCGCAUGGGGUUGCUGAUGAUUCUCCAGAUCGCAGCUGCCCAUCGUGACUGGUUCCUUUGGGUCGCUGACAUUACGGGCGCGUUCUUGCAGGGCAACCAGGAGAUGGCCUCCCGAUCGCUGCCCUUGUUCUUGAGGCAGCCAAAGGAAGGGCUGCCGGGCUUAGCGGCCGGGCCUGGGCUUCGUGCAGUCCGUGCUCGAAAAGCCCUGUUCUUCUUCUACCAGGCGGGGCGGCUCAUCCUGAUCCUCGGCACACACGUCGACGACCUCAUCGGCACGGGACAACCAGGCCUAGCGGACAACAUACUGCAGAAGGUGAAGGCCACCUUCGAUUUCGGCGCCUGGUCCGAUUCCCGAACUGAUGGCGCGCUAGAGUAUGGCGGCAAGGAGAUCCGGAAGGACGCCAACGGCGUGGUUACCUUGACACAAGAGAAGUUCGCUAGGGCCAUCGUGGUGACACCAGUGCCUAAAUGGCGAGCUUUGAGCCCGCAGGCUACGCUGACCGCCGCGGAAGUCACCGAGCUGAAGUCCGCGGGCGGGUGCCUACACUGGAUGGUGGGCCAGACAAGGCCCGACUUGGCAGCUGCGACCAGCCUCAGCAUGUCAGGGACCCCUACCGUGCACAACCUUGUCGAGAUCAACAAGGUGUUGAAGGAGGCCCAGAACACCACCGAUUGGGGACUGCGAUUUGUUCCGUUGGACCUCGCGACGGCCAAGAUCGUGGUGUUCACCGACGCCUCCUGGGCGAAUACAGAGAGCCUUCGAAGCCAAGCCGGCUUCCUCACCUUCCUCUGCGGCGAUGGCGUGUUUUCUGUAGCCGGUGAUGCGGCGAACCUCCUGGACUGGCGUAGCCACAGGAUUCAGCGACAGUGCCGGAGCACCCUUGCUGCCGAGACCAUGGCCAUGGACGCCGGGUUUGACAGUGGCAUCUUCCUCAGGGAGCUUCUGGCAGAGGCGAUGAUCCAAAGCUAUUCGCCAGUGCAAAGCGGCAGUUUGCCGAAAGACUUCCUGCCGACGCACCCCGUGACGGACUGUCGGAGCCUUUACGACCUCUUGACGAAGGACGGACCAGUGGCGUCUACUCAAGAGAAGAGGCUCACCAUCGACGUCGAGGCGAUCAAGCAGAGCGCGGAAGAGUUUGUCUACUUCGACUCGCCCUCAGCGGGCUUCCCGAUGUACCAGAAGCUGCUGGCGAAGGAUGGGCCCAACGGUAGCUUUGCAGCCUUCCGUUGCAGGCAGACAGGCAACGGGGAGGGGAGCGAUCUCGUGGAGCUGGACAGAAGCAGUGCCGCGCUGGAUGUCCAUGCUUUCACCCCGGUGCAGCAGUUAGGCAGCCCGGAAGCUUUCCUCAUGGAGGGGAGGCCGGACGAAUCGAGUAUGGUGCAGAGUGUGAAAGCUGCCGCCGAGGGUCUACGCGCCAAGAUUAGCGAGAAGGAUGCCUCGCUCCUGUCUUCGCUUGGCUCUGCUGGCUGUUCGAGCCUUGACCACUUCGCGGAGCAGGUCGCAAGCGUCUGCGCAACACCCGGAUUUCAGCCGGUGGCCACCAUCGGAGCCAGCCGCCACCUUCUCCGCGGCGGCAACGUCCGGGUUGCCUUCGACCAGGACAUCCAGUACACAGGCAGCCUUGGAACCGGUGUAGUGCAAGAGGACCAGGCAAUGACGUUUCCUUUCUGUCUCAUCGAGGUGGCCGGGGAAGACCUGGCCAGCACGCCAGCGUGGCUGGAAGAGCUCCGCCAGGAUGCGAGCUUGAGGCAGAUCCCGAACUUCAAUGUGGGUGCCUAUGUCCUGGCCAACCUCUACCAUGACAAGGUCUCGCCAAUUCCGACCUGGUACGAGACUUUCUCAGAGACCGAGGGCCCAGAGAAGCAGGAUUUGAACUUCGCGCUCCAGAGCCGCGCGGAUGCGCGGGAGGCACAGGAGGCUGCAGCGAACACCCAGGCAUGGAGAAGGAGCAUUCGGCUGGUGGCGCCGCAGGAGGAGGGCGCUCUGGGGAAUCCAGCGGAGGAUGACCGGAUCAUAGAGCCGAAGAAUUUGUUGGCCUCCGAGAGGACCAUGCUGGAAUGGAUGCAUACUGUCUUUGCGCUGGCCGUGGUUGCGAUAGGGCUCUGGCGCUACAGCCUUCACGGGCACAUGAAGCACACGAGUGGCACCGAGGAGUCUGAGGAAAAACGCGGGCUCUGGUUGAACACCGCAAGCAAGUCGCGAAUAGUGCUGGGCUGCUAUGCCCUCUUCCUGGUUCUGCUUUCUGUUUGCUUCACUUGGUAUGCCGUGAUCUCCCACCUUCAGAGAAUAAAGGCCAUGGUUCAGAACGAGCAGAGCGAGCGCAUCUUCAACCGCAGAACUGGCCCGGUGGCCUUCGCCGUCUCCUUGGGCCUGGCUUUGCUGGUCCACCUCGCCCUGCAGAUGGAUUCUCCGCACUAA